AUGGCGCUGCAAAUAGAGCUGGAGCGUAGCCCGAAGGCUUAUCUGUGCAAUCCCAAUGUCGAUAUACCACUCGGGGAAAGAAAUAUGAGGGUUGAAGAUUGGUUGAACGACAAAAUCCAGACUACCGCGGACAUGAACAGCCUAUCGAGCUUAUUAGAGAAUGUAAAUGCGAAGCAAAAGCAAUUGGAAGAGCAAUUGCGAGAUGCCACAACUAAGCUCGCAGAGGCCAAAAGCGCCGCUGCGAAUCACACUUCGUCGCUAGUCCAAAAAACUCAAGCCUUUGAGCGACAACAAGACGAUCUGCGAGCGCGAUUGAUGAUGCUUACAUCUUCAGAUACUCCAGAAGAAGCCGUGCGGCUUUUGGAGGGACCGAUGGAGAAACUACGACAAGUUGAGCUGGCCCAAGCAUACGUUGAAUUAUUGGAAGACGUCGAUGGCAUGACCAAGGAAGCUUGCCAAAAUUUACCUGACAAUCCUACAGAGGCUUUGAAGCCGUAUGUGCGAUUGAAACAACUUGCAAUGGCUUUACAAGCGACUCAGAAUACCACAGAAGUUACUGCUCCUCAUCUCGUUGCCUAUGUGGAACAGACAGCGACUCAUUUAUGGGCACAGAUGGUCCAAAUCAUGGUCAAAGAAUUUCAGGAUGUACUCAUAACCUUGAAAUGGCCAGAUCUGACUGUCGAAGUUUCUAGGGCAUGGCAAACAUGUUUUGGAAGGCUAUUGGAUCUACAAGCUCCAGAAAUUAAAGAAGCUCGAGAACCUCUUAUACUUCUCCCUUUUGCGGUUCUGGUCAAAGAAAUCGAAUUGAAGUUUCGCUAUCACUUCAUGGGAACCACGCCAACGAGUGCCAGCAGUCUUCUUGGAGAAUAUUACCUGAACUGGAUCCUCGAUGUGAUAGAUUCGCAUGAGUCUUAUCUUCGAGUUAACGCCGGGCCUGUUUUGGCUGCACACUUUUUGGGUAGCUCUCUGGCUGGGAACUCACUUUACAUAGAUCCCGUAUCUGCCUUCAUCACGGCACUCUUGCCAUUGGUCAAAGACAAAACCGAGGUUGUUUUGCAGGAUAUCCAGCAUGACCCUGUGCACUUGAGUAAAUUUAUAGGCCAAUUAAUGAUUUGGGAUGAUAGUAUUCGAAGCAAGUAUAAGUAUGAUAGUGGUAACAUUGAAUUCGGCUGGGUUGGCGUGACCUGGCAUGUCCUAGAUAAAUGGUUCGCUCCCUGGUUAGAAGCUGAGGAGAGAUUCGCCCUGCAGAGAUAUGAGGACAUAAUGCAAUCGCAAGAUAAUGGAAACAUUGACUACGACAGCAACGAAUCACAGAAGACUAAAACUACCUUCGGGGCCUCAAAGGUUACUGAUCUCCUGAAGACCAUUACAACACAAUAUAAAGACCUACGAAGAGUCUCACACAAAGUUCGAUUCUUCCUCAAUACUCAAAUUGCAGUGCUCGAUAGAUAUCAAAUUCGUUUAUCCGAAUCUUUAGACGCCUAUAUAUCUCUAACCUCAACUGUCGGUCGUAUUGCUACAGGCGCCACCAAAGAGCAGCAACGGUCUGUCGAGGGAAUGGCAGGGCUCAUUAGUCUUUGCAAAGUUUUUGGUAGUGCAGAUCAUAUUAUUUCGACUCUUGAAUCUCUAGCCUAUGAAAUGGUUAGCAUCUCUAUCAUUCGAUACAGUAGUAUAAUGUCAAGUACUGAUAUGUGUAGCACAUUUUACGUCGUCUUUGACAAUUUCAGCCGAGCUUGA